AUGGACAGAGGGUUGGAUGAAGUGAUGCAAGCGAUGUCCUUGGAGGAAGAUUUACCGGUGAUAUUGACGGACGACGAAGACUAUAGUGCGGCCGUUCGUAAUGAAAAGAGUCUGAUAGGGAGGCUUUUAAAUCCAGAAUGUCAGAACAUGGCUCGUAUGCUCCGAACUAUGCCUAGGAUUUGGAAAAUCUAUGAUCAGGUGAGAGGUAUAGCUCUGUCCAACGAGAGUUUCCAGUUCAUCUUUGAUUUGGAAACAGACCUCAACACGGUGCUGAACCAAGGUUUCUGGACGUCUGAAGAUUGGGGAAUGAUGAUGGAUCGAUGGGUGGAAUUCCCCCCUCCAGACUAUCUACAAAAAGCCUCAGUGUGGAUCAGACUCUCUCAACUCCCGGUGAACUACCUCACUUUGAAAACCAUCAGGGCGGUCCCUAAUCCUAUUGGUCAUGUCAAGGAUAUCGAGUUUGAUCCAACUAAACCUCACCUGCAAGAGUACGUACGUGUAAGAGUGAUUCUGGAUCUCCAACAACCGGUGAGAGACACUAAGGUGAUGCAAUUACCUGGUGGGAGAAGCACAAUAGUGAAGGUGGAGUAUGAGAGAGUGAGGAAGAAGUGUUUUCAUUGCUUCCGACUCUCACACGAGAAACAGAGAUGCCCUUUAUUCAAAGCUAUGAAACAGAAUUGUACGGACAAAGGAAAAGGUGUCGCUUUGGCGCCAGUGAUUCACCGACAGAAUCAUCCUGACCUAGUAGGAUCUAUCAUGCCUCUGUUAGCACCUACGGCGCCCCCGGGUUUCCCCUCUAAGUCCUUGGUUGCUCCAGAGGUUUUCGAGGAGAUGCAGUUCUAUAUGAACUGCACUGAUCCAGAAGAAAGACGUCUCAGAGAAGCAAAGAUGGUGAAGGCUCUCCGUGAUAUUUCUACAAACCCUGGAGCUCAGAGUUCUUAUCUCCACUUAGAGAAUCAUCCUACGAUCUCUGGCGUGCAGAACAAGAAUGUUGGCAGGGUUUUUGACUUUCGAGCAACACAAACAGAGGAAGCAAAACAGAGCCAGCAAGCUCAAACAGAAGAGGAGCCACGAGUAGCUGAGGCUCUGAUUCCAAAGGAUGGUCUCACAUUAACGGGUAGACAGUUGGAGAGUCUCUCGUUGGCGAUGACUGCUCACAUUGAACCGCAGACAAAACCUCAUGGAGCUGCUGAAGGCUCAGGAGAUAACAUGUUGAUAAACGUAGGAGUGGCGUUUUCAAUAGGUCGUGAUGAUCAGUCAAUAUCAGGAGGAAGUGGUAAAAACAGAGCAUCUAAACGAACAGGAGCAUCGUGGAAGAGGUUUAAACCAGCCUCUCAAGGAGUGAGAAAGUCCUCGAAAUCAGAACAAAAUGCCCCUGUUCAAGAUGAAGGUGACAGUAGUGUGAAGAGGAAAGCAAGAGAAGGGAUGGAGGUCUCGUCAAAGAUGACAAAACACUGUGAUGGUUUGAUGGUUCACCAGAAACCACCCGACCCUCAAUGA